GUGCGAAUUAUGAGCAAAUGUCAUAAUUUUAUUGAUACUGAUUGUUUUCUGUUCAUCCAUCGUUUUCUGCAUUUUCACGUUUGCGUGGUUGCAUUUUUCGCGAGGCCAGUUGCGAAUUUGCGAUUCGUACAGACCUUUGUCAAGAUAUGGUUACAUAAAGUGUAAUUUUUUUUCUCCAUCAAAUCCUUUGUUAGUUCAUUUUCCAACACACAUCGUGGACGGCAUUGAAAAAUACCUUCCAUUUUUGCACCACCAUGGAAAAACACGACGAAAUAAACAAUAAAAAUGUGCCGCGAAGUCUCGUUGGCGAUUACGGCACCUCGGAUUCUGAAUCGGAAGAUAUUGAUGGGACUUCGAGUGGACAAAUCGGCAGUGAAGAAUACGAUCACACGGAACACAGUGAAAUGGUUUUAAAAAAUAACAUUAUAAAUGCUUGCGCCCACGGCCCUUUGCCCCGUUCCAAAGCGGAGAGAGAUGUAAAAACUUCAACAAAUAUGAUAAUAGAUGGUUCAGACAGUGAUGUGGUUAAUUAUGAAGUGACUGAAUAUAGAGAUGUUGAUAGUGAAUCCUAUUCGACGCCUUCAAGCGACUCCAGCGACGAUGAGGGCUGGAUAGAGGCUGUGCAGAGUAACAAUUCUAGUGGAGAUGAAGACGGUGAAAAACAAAGUAAAGCAGAACCAAUAAAAGUUCAUGGAGAAUUGGGUCUGGAUGACCUGCCGCCUAUUGAAGACCUCGCUAUCAGCCUGCCGGCACAGGACACCACCAAGAUUGGCACCAUCCUCAACAUUGUAGAUAGAUUAGUGAUAAUUCGUGCGCUGCCAGAAACUCCGGCUGUAGAUUUAGACAGCAUAUUGUUCCUUGAUAAUGGUGCUCGUGCGUUGGGGAAGGUGUUUGAUGUAUUCGGACCGGUGACGGAGCCCCACUACUGUGUGCGGUUCAACUCCGUGGAUCACGUGAAGGAGCGCGGCGUGCAGCCCGGCAUGGACGUGUACAUAGCGCCGCGCAGCCGUGAUCACACCAACUACGUCUUCCUCACAGAGCUCAUGAAAUCGAAAGGUUCCGAUGCAUCGUGGCUGCACGACAUCGAGCCGCCGCCGAGCCACGUGGACUUCUCCGACGACGAGGAGGAGCGCCGCGCCAACCGCGCCCGCAAGGAACAGAACAAGACGACCGACAGCGGGGAGACCAGCAAAACCAUCAGCCAACCGCCCAAAAGAGAUAAAAGAAGAAACCAAAGACCCUCGGAGAGCAGCAGCCGUUUCGGAUACGAGGUCGGGUUCGGUAGGGGAGGAAUCAACCCGUUCGCGGAAAGACGGCCGAUGAGGUUCGUCAAUCCGUGGUUUGCGUGGGAUUUAAAUGAGAGCAGAAGGUCACAUAAUGAUUCCUUUCCCCGACCGUUGAGGCCGCCCUUCAACCGGCCCCCGAUGUGCGCGCCGCCCUUCGAUCCUUACAUUCCUCCUCCGUUCGUCAGCGAAUACCAGUUCGGAGGCAGACCGCGAAUGUUCGGUCCGGUGCCGGCGGCGAGCGCGGCGCCGCGGCCGGGGCCGGUGUUCGGCGCGGCGUACUGCGCGCCGCCGCCGCAGCCGCAGUGGGCGCGCCGCCCGCCGCCGCCGCCCGGCACAUGAAUAUAUAUGUGAAUGUAAUCUGUAAUAUAUAUCCUGUCAUAUAAAUACUUCGAAAACGUUCUAACAAUACUAAAGUGUGGUAUCCAAAUAUAAAAUUAUAUUUAUAUAAAAUAAAGCAGUUGUGUUUACGUU